UUUCGGUAGUCUUAAUGGCGCUGCGAGUGUCUCACCUCGUGGAUAGAAAGCUGUGACAGGUUUGAGUUUUCCUUGUCGUAUGUAGGACAAGCUGACCUUUCCGCUGGCGUUUGGUCAGAAACCCAUCCUGCUGCGAGACGCUCUGAGCAGAAGUCACGCGGCGUGGAUCGUGCGCAGUUUCACGCGGUUGUUGUCCGGUGUUGACGACCCGCAUCCCGUCCCGCUGAACAAAGGAACCGCGAGGCCAGCGCACGCUCUUUACAACGCACAGAGACUGUCUUUAUUUAAAGCUGCAUUCAUAUCAAGCAACCAAGCUUUGACAUUGUCGUUUAAUGACAACCGCGCGUUAAAAGUAUAUGCCGUAAUAUAUAUAACAAAUUAGCUAGACUCAUCGUGUUAGCCCGGCCGGCUAAGGGUUAGCCGUGGACAACUUUAGCGCAGUUUAGACCGCGAGCUUUUCGUUUUGCGGUGCAGAGAUGGCAGAAGUGUACAUUCGAGUAGCGGAGGAGGAAAACGAGGAGCCCAUGGAGAUCCCCUCGGAGGAUGACGGCACCGUGUUGUUGUCGACGGUGGCGGCUCAGUUCCCCGGCGCCUGCGGCCUGCGCUUCAGGAGCCCGGUGUCCCAGUGCAUGAGGGGAGUGCGGCUGGUGGAAGGCAUCCUGCACGCCCCAGAGAACGGCUGGGGCAACGUGGUGUACGUGGUCAACUACCCCAAAGUUGAUCUCUCUGUUGGCCAUGCUCCAGACAACAAAAGAAAGAUGGAUGAAAUUGAUGCAUCUUCUGCUGUAAAGAUGAAGAGAGGGGAUAUGAAGACAUCAGACCUAAUUGUACUGGGUCUUCCCUGGAAAACAUCAGAGCAGGACCUCAAAGACUACUUUGGCACCUUUGGGGAAGUCAUCAUGGUUCAGGUAAAACGAGACGCCAAGACGGGUAACUCUAAAGGAUUCGGGUUUGUGAGGUUCACGGAGUACGAGUCUCAAGAGAAGGUCAUCUCCCAGCGCCAUAUGAUUGAUGGCAGAUGGUGCGACUGCAAACUCCCUAACUCAAAGCAAGGCCCAGAUGAGCCGCUGAGGAGUCGGAAAGUGUUUGUAGGUCGCUGCACGGAGGACAUGACCACAGAUGACCUCCGACAGUUCUUCAUGCAGUAUGGAGAAGUCACAGACGUCUUCAUUCCCAAACCCUUCCGUGCUUUUGCCUUCGUCACGUUUGCAGAUGAUCAGGUUGCCCAGUCUCUUUGUGGAGAAGACCUUAUUAUUAAAGGAGUCAGCGUUCACAUCUCAAACGCAGAGCCCAAACACGGCAAUAGGCAGUUUGACCGUACCACACGGUUCGGGAACGGCUUUGGGGCUCAGGCGUUUGGCAGCAGCCGUAGCGGGUUAGGAAGCAGCAGUAACAGUAGUCUGGCUAAUUUUGGCUCUUUCAGCCUGAACCCCGCCAUGAUGGCCGCCGCUCAGGCUGCCCUGCAGAGUAGUUGGGGGAUGAUGGGCAUGCUGGCGAGCCAGCAGCAGACGUCCACCUCGGGGGGCAGCUCCACCGGGACGACCUCCAGCAGGGACCAGAGUCAGUCUUUCAGUACAGGCAACAGCAACUACGGCGCCACGUCGGGUCUGGGCUGGGGCACAGGGUCAAACUCCACGACCAGCGGUGGGGGCUUUGGGGGCUCAGGGUUUGGGUCCAGCAUGGAGUCAAAGUCAUCUGGGUGGGGUAUGUAAGUUAAAGUGUUUGUAUGGUAAGUAUUGUGAGAAAGAUGAGUCUUUUCAAAAUUUAUUUCUGGUGUUAAUGUGUACCUGAAAACUUAACACUUUAGUGCAAGAUGUUUUGUACAUUUGGAGAAAAAAAAAUGCUAAAGAUUUAAUUUAGGAAGUGUUGAAGUGAAUUGUUUACCAGGAUGUCUGACUAAAGUGCUAUUUUUGAUGUCUCAUUUGUUUGUAUCCAUUUCAACUGGAUUCUCUAAUGCAUGUAUUGUGAAAUGUGAUAACCAUUUUUGAAAAUGCAUGAAUGUCUGUGGUUCACACUUAUCUGGCUUUGCCAUCACCUUCUGAAAGGCAAUCAUGCAUUGGGAAGAAUCUGGUUGAAACCUAAAUGUUUUAAGUGCAACUUUAUUUGCAGUCAAGUUCUGUGGAAAAAGCCUUCAUUGAAAUUUCUUCUGCAGUUGACCUCUCUUCCAUUUUCCUGUGAGGAAGUUCCUCUUUGGCAGCAUUCUUGGGGUGAACUCGGUAUCAUUCUCCCUCUUCCCACCUGUAAAUGCUUUGCCAUCAAAGAACGGCUUCACUCCGCAUGUUCUAAAAGACGGGACCUUGGGCUCUGCUGGUCGAGGUCUCCGUUUGAACCCUGACUGAAGUCUGUUCUGAAGGACGAAGAUGGAAGUUUCCAACACUUUCAGUGUGUGGCCUUCUCAGACAUGACAUGGGGUAGUACCUGUCUUUUUGCUGCUUCUGAUGGCUUGUUGAUUAAAUCGUCUUCUUUGAUUAUUCACAGCUACUUCUAACUUGGCGGGUCUUUAAUCAAUGCUGAAAGAUUAUCUGAGCACUGUGGGAUUUCCUGACUUUUUCCCCCUUUCCUCAAGUAUAAGAUCAUAUGUCAAAAUAACUUCUGCUUAAAUUUGUAGCCCAAAUACAAGAUAAUGAAAACAUGUUUUGGCAGUGCUUUACAAAGCCACUGUUCUUCACUUUAAACACACAAGACACUUUAUUUUGACAGUAGUUUGAAGGUGUUUGCUCAGAAAAAUCAGCAUACAGAACUUUAAUGUAACGAUGCCAUGCUGUAGUCUUCUAGAAUUUAAGAUUCAGAAUGACACAGUUUGAGUUGAUGUUAGAAAGCCGGGUGAAGGUAAGACACUCGAGGCUCGCCUGUGUCCUCCUGUCAUUCUCUGCUCUCCUCAGUGUCUCUGCUCUUCCUCUUCCCAGUGCUCUUCUUUUUUAAGUCCCUCUGCUCCUGGGUUAUCUCUUCACUUUUCUUUUGUAUGUGGUUGAACUGGAACAAAUAAAAGCAAAUUAAACUUUG